AUGUCUCGCGCAACUACCGCCACGUCCAUCUCGCCCGCCCCCACCUCCCAGUCGACUUCGCCCGUACCCUAUCCCGCUUACACCUACCCGUAUCCCGUCGGCGUUCCUGUCACGCCCAUGAAGCCGGCUGCGAAGAAGCCCAAGCCGGUCAACGUUUUCUCGAACGAUGGCUCGUUCUUGGAGCGGAUACAGAGAAGUCGGAGGGAAGAAGAGGAGAAGCGCAAAGCCCAGGAAGCUUUCCAGGCCAAGAUUCACUUUGAGGAUCGGUUUAAGAGGAGGGGCAAGCGCCCUGCACCCGAUUGCACUUGCACUCAAAGCCCCACAGAUCAUCCGGCGAAGAAACCUAGGGCGGAGGGUGAAGACUCCGCCAAAACAGGCUCGGAGAAGCGCAGCGGUUCGGUAUAG